GUGAAAGUGAAAAUGAGGCAAUGUCCAACCACAUCAUGACAUUUGUAAAAGGUUGGAACACAAAUGUCCAAGAAAAGGUCAUUCAGUGUGACUAAAAAGAUACUAUACCACCAAAAGACAAGAAGCUGUCUUGCAACAAAAAGACAAGCUGCAAGACCAGAAAAGAAAGAGAGUAGUCUAUGAAAGAAAGAAGGAGGAAUGUUAUAUCAGCGUACUCGUCGGGAACUGGUGGCGCUGGGAUAAUUGGUGCUCUGCCGUACGCCGGUUUGACGUCGGCCGGUCUGUCACCUAGAAAGACGUUACUUGUGAUGACUAUCAUACCUGCCCUCAUGUUUAUCAGCUUCUCUAUUGUGAUAAAGAAACCCAGACAGUUCUAUCAAAAAGAAUACAUUGUCAAAUACAGUGAGGACACCAGUAGUCUGCUGAAAGAAUCAGAAGAUGCAGAUGAUAAAAUAAAAGGAAGAUUAACAUUGAAAGAAAAAUUACUCCUUUUAAAACCACUGAUGAAAUACAUGAUACCUCUGUGUUUAGUGUACAUCGCUGAAUACUUUAUUAAUCAGGGAUUAUAUGAACUUCUGUAUUUUAAUCACAUUUGGCUCUCUGAGAAAGAACAGUAUAGAUGGUAUCAAGUGGACUACCAGUUAGGCGUGUUCAUCUCCAGGUCAUCUGUCAAUGUGUUCAAAAUCAACAAACUGUGGACUCUUCCAGUGUUACAGUGUGUUAAUGUUGCAAUACUCACAGCCCAAGUCUUUCUGCGGUUCAUCCCCAAUAUCUGGAUCAUCUUCGCCCUUGUCCUGUUUGAGGGACUUUUGGGGGGAGCCGCCUUUGUCAAUACGUUCUACAAGAUCUCAGAGGAUAUUGAGGCAGAAUUCAAGGAAUUUAGCCUGGCAGCUGCUACUAUUGCUGACUCCGUGGGAAUUUCUAUCGCUGGUGCGAUCUCCAUUCCAGCUCACAACCAUAUACGUUCACUCAAUCUGAAAAUGUGAAUGUCUCCUGUAUAUUGUAUAAAAAUGAUGACUGUAUGGACAUUCUCCAACACUUUGUUAGUGCUAACCAUAAUUAAUUUCUUUAUACUUAAAAGACAACAAGUAUUUUAAUUUGAUGGCAUAUAAUUUUGAUGGAAUGUCAUGAUAAGUCUGCCCUCCUUUCCUCUCUUCUAUACCAUGAAAGGGAUACUACAUGCACUAAUACAUGCUGGAAUUUUAAAUCUUUUAGAAAUAGUCUGUGAUGAAAUGUCAAUAUUUCUCUUAAAUUUAAAGGUUAAGUUGCUAUGAAUAUUCAAAAGCUUGUGUGUGUGUUGCUAAAAUGUAUGAUAUAAUUUUGAAUGAUGAUCAUUUGUUAAAUGGAUAUUUAAUUUUGAAUUAUUUAUGCAGCAUGUAAGCUCCAAAUGCGAAGUACAUAAUAUUUGACUCUAUAUUAAGAAAGAUAACUCUUUGCAGAAUAAAUGACUAAUUUAUAGAGAAUGUUUUAACAUUGAUAUGUGCAAUUAACUGUGUACAGAAUUUAACUUCGUCUAAAAUUGUCAGAAUAAAACGUUUACUGUACAUUCAAAUGGAUUAUUAAAUCCAACAUGUUCAUCAAAUUUAGGUAGCAAGGUCUUGUAUUUUUGAGAAUAGAAAAUUUAGUUAUAAAAUUAUCAUAUAUUGUUUGAUAUUUUCUUGUUCUGACUUAAUAAUAAACUCUGUUUUUUAUUCUUAGUUCACCGCAAAUUCCUUUUUUCUAAAAAGUAAAUUUUUACGUUGUUAAUAUACAAAACAUGUAAAUGUAAUACAUGUGUACAUGUGAAAAUGUGCACUUGUAAAAAAUUAUGUGCAAAAACUAUUGUGUAUUGAAUUAAAUUAUACAUGUGUAUUAAUGUUCAUGCUUAAUUUAUUUCUAUAAAAAGUGCC